AUGUCUGCAGAGAGCCCGGGCCCCAAACAAUCCGGCUUCAAGGCUUUCUUGGCCAAUGCACUUCGCCCCAAGAAGUCCCGCCAGACCCUCCGCAAAGGCGCCAGUCGCUCCAUGACAGAUCUUCGACGGAUGUCCACAAGAGCCAGCACCAGCCUCGAUGAUGUUCCUCCGCCAAUGCCUAAUCUGGCUCCCUUGGAGGCCCAUCGCCUGAAAUACCAAGAGGCACACGCAAAUCUUGACUCCCAGCUCGGCGAACGUCAGGAUUAUACCGCAAUUAUCCAUACUUUGGGUAUCCUCGAUCCAGAAGAUACAUAUUCCGCUGCCCUAAUGGAUCGGGAAAACCGCCCACCAGGCGAAGGCGAUAUCGCCAAAGUACCAGCUGACGUCUGGAUACUUAUCGCAUCCUUCUUAACCCCGAGCGACGCCGCCUGUCUCACAAUCGCAACAAUCACCUUAUACCGCCGCCUAGGCCCACGCUACCUCUCCAUACUCCAAGCACCUCAAAAUCGCUCCGAAAAACUAACAUUCCUCACCCGAAUCGACUACUCUCUCCCUCAUCACCUCCUCUGUUUCCCAUGUGGGCGCUACCACCUCCGCACAGCAGAAGGAACAGAGCGCCUCAAACCAGCUCACGUCGUCAACCCACUCUUCGACUGUCCCGAAGUCUUCAACACCCUUAACCCACCACCACGCACCCGAAUCACACCAGGCCGCAUCCUUCCAUUCUCCUUCGUCCAACUCCUCCUCCGCGCGCACCGCUUCGGUCCAAAAUACGGCAUCCAACCCGAAUCAAUAGCCCGUCGCUGGACCCGCGACGGCUGGACCUAUACAUCCCGAUUCCUAAUUCACGAAGGUCGUCUACUCAUGCGAGUAACAAGUCAAACCUUCGCAGAUCCAGCCCUCCCACCCUCAGCCCAACGACUCCUCCUACACUCCCGCGAAGAUUACUGGCCGUAUUUCUCAGCGUGCGCGCACUGGCGAGACGGUGAACUUAUGCCAGCAUGUCGCUGUGCACUAGAUCACAUACCCCAUCCCCGUGCAACAGGUGGACUUCAAGGACUAGAACACAAGGUUAAAGACACAUGGCAAAAACGAGUCUUCGAUCCAAAUGCGCUCACUACGCUUUGUGGAUUCUGUAGACCCAUGCGUCGUUGUCCGGAGUGUCCGACUGAGUAUUUGAUUGAGGUCAAAUUAACAGAGGAUAAGAUGGAUCCACGGGGAUUGCGGUUUCGGCAGGCAAUUGUGGUUACGCGAUGGACUGAUCUGGGUGAUGGGACUAGUCCCGAGGGUUUGGAAUGGGCUGCUGUUAAUGGGAAGAGUGCGGAGUAUGAUUCUUUUACGCAUAGGAAUUAUGCGAAGAGAGGUAUUGCGAGUUGGUUUGAGGCGGCUUUUACGGCGGAUACUUUACCUGGUCAGAGGGUUAUUUCGUUGAAUCCGAAGAAGAAGAAGUUGGGUGAGAAAGGUCAUGAUUGGUAUUAA